CUUACUAGAUAACCGUCACGGUUUAAGAUUUAAACCGUGUUACAAAUUAAUAAAAAUUGUUUUGACUUGGGUAAACAAUAUUAUGUAUUAUAUAUUGUUUAUGUAGGUACUUAUAAAUAAGUCAUAAUUUAGAAGGUUCUUAAUUAUUCAAUAGAAACAAAUGAAGAAGCAUGGAUACCAGAACAGAAGAUUUUGUUACAAUAGCAAGUAUUAUAAAACGUGAAAUUCAGAAACGCAAGAAACAUAAAACACCCAAAGAUGAGUUGAUAAAUUAUCUUCCUAUUUCCAAUGCUUCAGCUGAAGAUGAGACAGAACUGAUAUUAUUUAAAAAAAAAAAAACAAAAAAAAAAGAAGACAAAAAAAAGGUAAAAAAUAAUAAAAAAUUAAAAACCGAUAAAUCUAUAUUGACAAUACAAAAGCUUUAUACUGAGACUUGUGAUGACAACGACAAGCAUUUGAAUAAAGACAAAACAGAGUAUUCUAAUUUAAGUAAAGAUGAAUUCACAAAAAAGAUUCCUAUUGCUAAUACUUCAGAAGGCGACUCUUUUAGAUUUAAAAAAAAGAAGAAGAAAAAGAAGCGAGAUAAAAUAAUGGUGCAAAAUGAUAUAGCUACAUUGAAAGUAGAGAAGUUUCAUACCUGUGAUGACAAUAACAAGCAUUUUAUUAAAGACAAAACAGGAUAUUCUAAUUUAAGCAAAGUUUCUAUUUUUAGACGAAUUCCCAAGAAACAUUCCUAUUGCUAAUACUUCAGAAGGUGACUCAUU